CACCCAGUGCUCUGUGCCACACUGGGAGCCCCAACCCUGAGCUACAGAGCUUUGGCACUUUGAGGGUUAACAACAAGAGGAUCCCCUCCUCACCUUACACUGGCAGGAGGCCAAGCUAGGGUGGGUGUUGCUGGGGGAGCCCCUGCCCCAGGCAGAGCUUCUCAGUCAUGUCCCUGAGGGGGGUCACCGCCUGGUGCUGUCCCUGAGUGAGGGUGGCACAGGGGCAGCUGUGACAGGAAGUGCUCACGGCCCAGCCGUUCCCAUGGAGACUCUCGCUGCCCAGCAACCACACUGGCUACUGCUGAUGUCAGGCGGCCAACUCCUGUUCCCGUGGGUGUUCUGGGCAGGGAGCUGGGGGCAAGGCCAGGGUGGUGGCUGGUGAGGGGCUGGUGUGAGGUGGGCAGGGGCUGCAUGUGUAUGCUUGUUGUGUGUGUGUGCGUGUGCGUGUGCGUUUGAGUGUGCUUAAGUGUGAACAACCCACAUAGAAGCUCGUCUCCUCCCCUUCUCCCCUUGGCUUUAAAGUAAAACAUUGCUCUGCUAGGGUGGGGCGGGGUUCUAAGGAAGCUGGGGGCAUGUAAGACUUGAGGGGACUUGGAAGGUAUGUGCAGUCUUUGUCUGGGGAUAGAGGUGUCUGAUGGAGUAGAUUUGUAUAACCAUGACUCUGUAUGUGUGUGUGGGGUGAGGCUCUAAAUUACAAUGGGGUUUCCUUAAUCCUAUCUGAAGGUGGAAUUCCAUGACUGAACCUGUCUGGAGACAGACCUCCGCCCUUUGCCCGACGUCGCCAUGACGGGCACAUGUACCCGGGAGUGCAGCGAGUUUGGUCACUCUGACACAUGCUGGAUGCCUGGCCAGUCGUCUCCCAGCCGCCGGACCAAGAGCAGCGCCCUCAAACUCUCCACCUUCGUGCCUUACCAGGACCGAGGAGGGCAGGAGCCUGCGGGCGCCGGAAGCCCCAGCCCCCCGGAAGACCGGAACACCAAAACGGCCCCCGUGCGCCUCCUGCCCUCCUACAGUGCCUUCUCCCACAGUAGCCAUGACUCCUGCAAGGACUCGGCCACCUUGGAGGAAAUUCCCUUGACCCAGACCUCGGACUUCCCACCCACAGCCACACCGGCAUCUGCCCAGACCGCCGCCAAGCGUGAGAUCUACCUGUGAGCCCCCUUCUGGCCGGCGGCCACCCCUCCCCCAGUCGCCGGCCAGCUCCCAACUGGGUCUAUUCCAGGGCCCCACUCCUUCCCUCCAGCGUGGACUCUGUGGCCAGGGCCCGAUCUAUGGGAGUACUGGCUUCAAGACCACGUUGGCCCUUGCCCCCAUGCAGGGUCCAAGUCCUUUCCCCCAUUCCUACCCCUUAGCCCCGAGGAGCCCCUUCCUCCCCCGACUAUGGGGCUCCACCCAGUGGAUGCCCUUGAGGGCUCCUCUGCAAUGACUGGGCUCCCUUCCAUCUACUUCUAGGGAGCACCCCCUUGCUUUGGGCAGACGGUGGAGUCAAGAGUGGGCAGCACACUUUAAAUCAUUGUUUCCUGUAUGGCUGACCAGGGCAGUGUAGCCUUGCAGCUGGGUAAACCUGGGGACUUACUCCCCAGGAAUGCUCAAAGGAAACUUUCCACCACCGGGGCUCUCUGAAGGGCUGUUGUUACCAAAGGUGGGGUGGGGAUUGGGGUGAGAGUGCUGUGAAGGCCUCUUCCAGUACUGCUCCUGGGCUGGCCCACCUGCCUGUCACAGGCUCAUGCCUGAUCCCACCUGGGCACCCCCUUCCCUGCUGGUCUUGCGGUGUCUGUAUAUAAGGACCUUGGAAUGAUGUCCCCCACUUCUGCCUGAUUUGCAACUUUUCUUGUUGAUGUUGUGUUGUCUUGGGGGGGCCCCUCUGGGGGGACCUGCCCUGUGCCCCUCCUCCCUGCCGCAGUGCCCCCCAGGCCUCUAUUGUUCCAUGUUGUAAAUACCCCUGGGGCUGUGGAAGGAUGGGGGUGCAGGCCAAGGAAACAAAGGGUGGGUGGGGGUGGGGACGGGGGUAACAUUCGCCUAUCAGCAGAGCUGGGCUUUUAUUUAAUUUUUUUUUUAAAAAAUACAAAUCUCUAUUUUUUUGGAA